CAAAGACGCUCCUGAACCUUUUCACCUUUGAUUUGCGCUUUAGACGGCGAAGUGACUUUGAGGACCAUCAUAGCUCUCUCUGCUCCACUGAUCCCUCAACAAAGCACACUUGCUGCGUAUCGUUUUUUUAAUUUUUUAAUUUUUUUUUUUAGAAACCCCCAGUUCAGUCUCACUCUAAAGUAGAUUUUAAAGGUAUGAUUUAUGACCCAAAAGCUAUGCAUAUGAAAGGAACCUGUUCCGUGAUCCUCUGAUCGGUUAUUUGACACCUGGACCCGGUGGGAUUAGCUGCACAUGGAGAUCGACGCAGGAGUAGAUGGGAUUUCUCCCGGUGCUGGUGGGAGAUUGGUUUGACCGGCGCGCGGCAUCCUCAUUCGGCUAUGAUUCAUUUUGGGAAUAUUUGACAUGACAAGGAUAGUACCCGUCCUCUCGAGAACCAUGCUUUUCAAAAUGCUUGCAUUAAUUCUCUUACAAGGGGUUUUGACGUCCGACGGCCCCGUGGCGUCCCCGCGUCUCCCAGGUCCCAGCGGUGCGUUUGGCUCCGGGAGAUCCAGAGGUUUACAGAUGUCUGAUGCGACCGAACCAAAGUCCAGACCGAAGCGCUGUACCUGCUAUUCUUACAAGGAUAAAGAGUGCGUCUACUACUGCCACUUGGAUAUUAUCUGGAUCAACACUCCCGAACGCACUGUGCCCUAUGGGAUGUCGAGCUACAGAGGAUCUCAGCGAAGCAGACGCGCUGUCAGCAGACGAGCGACUGACCACGAAGAGGCAAAGACUCAGCGCUGCUUUUGUGCCGUGCGCGAUGCAGACCCUCAGUGCCGUGAUUUUUGCCUGUCAAGCCCCCUGCAGACAGUGACAAUCAGGAGUCUCCACAGAGUCCCUGGUCCGGGAUGACAGUUUGAUACCUCUCCAUCCUCCCUCCCCGUGGGCCCUUUCCUCCACUUCACCGUCUACCCUUCCCAUUUGCAACUCUUGCCUCCACAGAUACACAUUCAAAGAAAAACACAUUGGAGUUUAACACUAGACAUUCCUCCACGUUCACGACUCUUGGAACAGGUUCCAUCUGGCUUCAUGGUUUCCAGCACUCCUCAGCAAAUUCAAUACAGAUCCCCGGAGGGCAUCCUCGUCGUUUUACCCCUCCCGAGAGCAGCAUGAGGAUUACUUCCACCCUGAAAUAAUGGCCUAAGACCUCUCUUGAUCAAACUUGAUCAAAAAUAUCCUUUGUGUUCUUUGUACUUGUACCGACUUACACGGGACAAAAAAGGCAUAAUUAUGACAAUGUUGGGGAUCAAACAGUAGCACAAGAAGCCAUUUAAAGUAGAAGCAAGGGAUGAUAUUGCAAAAUCUUGCCCUAUUGAAACAUGUCAACGAAAGAAAUGGGGAAAGCUUUUGGCUCAGAGUGCUCUGGUGCAUUGAGCGUUGAUUUAUGAGACUAUUUACAGAGAGUUUGGGAAGCUUUCACAACCUGUUUGCAUAUUUUGUCUGAACACUCUUUCAGCAUACUCACUUUGUGGUCUUUGCAAGGAAACAAUAAGUCAUAUCACUUGUCACUUGUCAUGAACCUUAUAAUGAGCUUUAUAAUGAUCUAUGGUUGUGUUCUUCUCAAAUUAGUCCAAUAACAAUAUUUUCAUAUCCCAUUCUGACAGCAAGGCUCGCCUCUGUUUAUCUAAUUCCCCGGCGCUAAAAUGAUCUUGGACAAUUAAAAAGCAUUCAUCAAUAAAUUAUAGAUAUUAGUUAAAGCCUUAAAGUUUUAUCAGGAAAAAAUAAGUAUUAAACAUAACAUCUCUGUAUUUAUUUUUAUAUCAUAUCACUAAAUUAUUAUAUUGAAGUUUAGUGUUGUAGUUGGUUGAGGUGGAUCUUUAAUUUAAAACCUUUUCUUGAACUUCAAUUUACUAUUAUUUGCAUUAUUGAUUAGGAUGCUGAUUAUUAUUAAUCAAUUAAUUGCUUAAAGUCUACUUAUGUAUAAGUUUAACUUGUGAAAAAACAUAUUUUUUAUUUCUUUCUGUAAUUUGUAUGCAAAAUGGGCGUUAUAAUUAUAUGUGAUACUACUGUUUAACAAAAUAUAAAAUAAAAUAUGAAUAUAAAAUAGCAAAUUAAAGCCCACAUUUAUAUAACUGGAAUAUUAUCAGCAACAUAAACCCAUGUUAAAACCAACAAUACAUUUCUAUUGAUCUCACUUUGCAGCCUGAGCAUACCACUGAUCAUCAAUUAUAAAUAUACAAUUACCUUCCUUUUUAUCAGUGGUUGCUCUAUAAUUAACACGAAGGUUUGUUGAUUUCAUAAGCAUAAUGCAGUACAUUACAUUACAUUACAUGUCAUUUAGCUGACGCUUUUUAUCCAAAGCGACUUACAUUGCAUCAUAACCCAUGCGUAUACAUUUUUUAUACAAUCAGGGGUUGGGUGUCUUGCUCAGACACUUCGACAUGGCUCAUGGGGCAGCCGAAAUUUCAACCACCAACCUUGCGCCCCCCUUCGCACCACACUACUCCAUGCGCCACUAUCGCCCCAGUAUUAAGGGUGUGUUGACUUUAGGUAACUUAGCAUACUUGCCUGGUAGUGCAUUAAAUGAUUCAUUUUAAUUAGGUUACAUGCAACAAUAUCAAUGUACAGUAAAAUGAUUGCUAACCAAACCCCUUAUGGAUGUAAUAUUUGACCGUAUUGUAUUGUUGUACAUGUCCUCUAACAGCAACUACUGUGUCUUCCCCAGCUGAUUAAUUAGGAUCUAUCUUCCUUUGGUUCCAUUCUUACACACCUUAUCAGUUCAACAGACUGUUAUGUUUAGGGGUCGCAACAGCUGGUGUAAACUUGUGGGUGUGAGACUCUGCCCAGUGGGUUCAAAUUGUGCCCGGGAACAUAUUUUGUUUCCAUGAUAGCGUUGCAACCAUGCAAGAUGAAGUUAGAACUUUACAGGUGUGUAGAUAACGUCAAAACAAAGGCGUUUAGCUUUUUUAUACUAUGAAUUUGUGGCUCAUUCUUUUACAAAUUGACAUCUCAUUAGAAAUGUAUGGGCUGGAUCUGAGUGCCACAGACAGGAUAGGGAGAAGGAAUUGAGACAGACUCAGUGUCAGUUUAGGCCUCUUAAUGAAAAAAAAGAAAAAGACAAAAAAAUGACUUGUUGACUAAUGACUAUUAUUUACACCUAUUUAAGCACCUAUUGCCCAAGGUCUAAACAGGCUGGUUUCUCCUCAGCAAGUUAGGUGAGCAGCAUAAGUUACCAUGGAGAUCUUCUUAGGUAAAAAGUGAACCGCUAUCAUAACCAUGAAAACAUAGACUGCAGACAAACUUGUGGCUACAUUUUCUAUCACGCUUUAUUUUUGUUUAAAUGCAUUUUGUUUAAUUAUUUGUAAUAAUGUAAUAGCUUAAUAGUGUUUACAGACCUUCAGUGUUGCUGCCCAGUGUGACUGUGAUGAUGAUUUACGACUUUAUACAUUACCAUAAAAAUAAAUGAAAUACCAUUAGCUACGAAUUUCAUCUUUUUUUAGAUAACAAAAGGCCAAAAGGGCGAGGCCUGGUUGAGAGUUAUUUUCUUGUUUCUGCUGUUUUGGACUUGUUCCAGUGGAGAGUCAAUCCAAAUUUAAAUGUAGGCUACCCAGUGGCGUCUGAUUGACAAGCCCUCGAGGGCACUCUAUUCUUCUUCUUCCUCUCUGGUUGGACUGAUGGCAGAUUGGACGCUGCAGUGACUCACUAGUACAUCUCAAUGAACAAGUGGUCCUAUAAGAGCAAAAAAUAGUUUGGGCUAGUUGCUCAGCAAACCCAUAUCAGAAGAUAUCUUUGACAUUUUAAGAAAGUGAUGAUGCACGAACCACAGGAAAAACAGGACUGGAUUGCACGACCCAUAAUGUGAGAUACGGUGUAGGUAAAACCCUCGUCUUUACUUAUCAGAUCAGAUACGGUACACAGGUAAACUGUCAGAAAUGGAAAUCCAAUGAGGCAAAAAAUGUUGGCUGGAACGUUUUACACAUUAGCUAAGAUGAGCUGGCACUGAAACACAGGGUAUAAAUACACUUGCUGAUGUGGAUGGAUAAACAGAGGUGGAUACCUUCCAGGGCGGGGCAGAAAACGGCAAUAAAACACACAAAGGCAGGAAGUUAGGUUAUCUUGAAAGUUACAAAGAAAAUGGCCAUCUGUUUGGCCAAGAAAAAUGAAAAAUGAUUGUGUUGCUACUGUUACAAAAAGCCUACUUUGCUGUUAUAAUGCAAAAUAAUGUUGAUGGAGCAGGAUUGGCAAAAUAAUUGCAAUGUUAAUCGACUUUAUUUUUUUAAAGUAAUUAUUAUUAUUGUAGUUAUCAGAUAAAUUUCACCCUUAAUUUCUGCUAUACAAACGCUAUUUCCCACCUAAGACAGAACGUGAGACCAACCAGACCCUUUGAUGCCGUAAUACCACCUAUCAUCCUGGAAUGUCGUGCUGAGUCUGCCCAUAAUAAGCUUCCCCUGGAGCCUCAAUAUGAACCUUCUGCAACGUGCACCAAUAAUAUCGCUCAGAGAGGGAGCCUUCAUUCCCACAGAUCUCCCUGGGAAAUAUUUCUGUGCGAACAUCCUGACAUUGUGACGGCAGGUUCAGGACCCAUACCAUGGCUUACAGAUUGUAUUCUGUUUAAUUAAAUGAGAAGAAAUAAAAAGCCCCUUUUAUGUCAACCAGUGGACUUUUGCUAGUUUCUGACACUUUGAAGAAAGCCCCUGCUCUUUCCAGACACUAUAAUGUUGUGUUGAUUGUCAUAGUGUGUGUUUGGUUUUUUGGAGUUGAUGUAUCAGACAUAUAUAUUUUACCAUGAUCCGUUCCUGAGCCUUUGUGUUAUACUGUGCACAGAGAUACAUGCAACUAGGAUGAAAAGAUGUGCAAAUGAUUUGGAUGUGAAACUGUCGUAAAGCCAAAGCCGAUGUGCAUGUUGUACUACACACCAAUCUUUGGGUCUUUGAGAUAUUUUAUUAUAUAUUAUUAGGCUGCAGUUGUUACUUUUGCAAAAUUGGUAGUGUAGGGGGAAGAUCCCAUAAAUAUUCAUUUGUUUGCUGACUACACUUCCAGUGAAAUUUUAACAAUUUGCAUGGGUUACAUUUACUAUCGUCUGGAAUUCGUUGUUACAGUGUAGUAUGAAGUAUUUAUCUCUAUUUUCAACUUUAUAAAGUUUCGGGAAACUAUACUCUUAGAAUAAACAUAAACAAUUAUGUAAACACUUUGACCCAAUAAUCUCCAAAUUGAGCAAAGAUGUAUAAUGUUGAGGAGCUAUGGAUACAUCUAUUGGCCUCGUAGGCCAUCCAGCUCAUUUUUGUGCAAGACAUUUUACAUUUUCCUGCCGUUUUGUGCUACCCACCGACACACGUGGAACACAAUUAUUUGAUGUGUGGAGUUGGGAGAAAAUCUCAUAUACAUUUAAAUCAUUGGAAAUAAACGAUAUAUCAAUCCACAAACAUACUUAUCACACAGAAAAUGAG